AUGGACGAACGUCCAGCAAAGCGCACUAAGCGCACAACCAGUGCCGCCAUGUGGGAUGAGGACGAGAAGACGGACUCCCGGCCUAGUUCGAGCGGAAGGGACCACAAACCCAAGCCACGCGACACCCGGGACGAGGAUCGCCGGGGGCCCAGGCGAGACGACGAGCGCAGGAAGAGAUCGAGGUCGCGGGACACCCCCGACAGACGGCGGGAGCGGAGCAGGUCCAAGGACCGGCCGGCGCACCGUGAGCGUGAGCGAGACCGGGACCGCGACAGGAACAGGGACAAGGAGCGUGAGCGUGAGAGGGAUCGAGAUCGCGAUCGAGACCGAGGAGGCGGAAGUGGACGUGGCCGGGAAGUCAACGGCCACGCUCGGCGCGAGAGGAGCAGGAGCCGUGACAGGCAUCGAGAUCCAAAAGAUCACCGGGCUGAACGCUCACAUCGACGCUCGCGGUCACGCUCACCGGCCAGGACCAGCGGUCGGGACGCCGUGCGCACACGCUCUCCCCUUCGACGCAACGAUCACGAUCGGACGAAGCCUCGGGAGCGGAACAAGGCCGACGACGAUGAGUCAAGGGCAACGAAGCGCAGAGAUGAAGAAGCAGCAGCCCACGCCGAAAAGCCCGUGGUCAACGGUGAUGCCAUGGCCGUCGACGAAGACGACGAAGACGCUCUACUGAGGAAGAUGAUGGGCUUUACCAUGUUCAAGUCGACGCAUAACACAAAGGUGCCUGGUAACCAGAUCUACGGCGUGAGGAAGGAAAAGAAGACGACUUACAGGCAGUACAUGAACCGUGUCGGUGGAUUCAAUAGACCUUUGAGUCCGUCGAGGUGA